CAGGACCAGGGGGAUCGGUGGGAACUCUUAUUUCUCUUAACAAGCCGGCGAUUGUGAACUCAUCUUCCUCCACGUUCCCUGUCGCCGCCGCCGCCCAGCAAACUACAUGCUCGCCGCUUCCGCCGCGUCAAUUAUCACUUCAGUUGCCUACAGACUUCCCCUUUACGACCCAUUUUUCAAUUUCACUUCACCAUUCUCAAUUUCGAAGGUAACUAUGAUUAUUUCACUCAACCUCACUUCAAUUUCAUCUAGAAUUAUAAGCGUCCAAUCUUUUCCUGUCGCAAUUUGGCGCCUGCUCCAUAGUAAUCCCUACCCUCCUCUUCAUAAUGAAGACGUAGAUACUAUCUUCCGCAUCGUCACUACAGCAAGAACUCCUGAUGACAUGAAACAGUCGCUGAAAUCCUCUCAGAUUCCCAUAUCCAGUGAAACGAUUGAUGGUGUUCUGAAAAGGGCAAGAUUCUCUCACUCUAACCCAUUACUCAUCCUGGAAUUUUUCAAAUUUACUUCAAAGAGACGCGAGUUUUUCCAUUCUGCUUUUUCGUAUGACACUAUGCUGUAUAUUCUUGGUAGAGAUAGGAGAUUUGAUGAAGUGUGGGAGGUUUUAAAGGAAAUGAAGAGAAAAGACCAGUCUUUGAUUACUUCAAGAACAGUUCAAGUGGUUUUAGCCAGGUUGGCUAAGGUCUGUUCUGUUUCGCGGACAGUUGAGUCCUUUUGGAAGCUCAAGAAAUUCGUUCCCCAGUUCGACACCCGUUGUUUCAAUGCUCUGUUGAGGUCGCUGUGUCAGGAAAAGUGCAUGUCGAGUGCUAGGAAUGUGUACCGUAACUUGAAGCGGGACUUUAAGCCUGACUUGCAGACCUUUAACAUACUUUUGUCAGGUUGGAAAUCAUCAGAGGAGGCUGAGGAGUUUUUCUCAGAGAUGAGGGAGCAUAAUGUGGAUCCAGAUGUCGUUUCGUACAAUUGUUUGGUUGAUGUUUAUUGCAAGGGGAGACAGGUUGACAAGGCGUUUGAGGUUGUGAAGGGAAUGAGGGAGAGGGAUAUUGAUCCGGAUGUAAUCACAUACACGAGUUUGAUUGGGGGUCUAGGGCUUGUGGGGCAACCAGAUAAGGCAAAGAAAGUUUUGACAGAGAUGCGAGAGUACGGAUGUUACCCUGAUGUUGCUGCUUAUAAUGCUGCCAUUAGAAAUUUUUGCAUUGCAAAUAGGAUUGGGGAUGCGUUUAAACUGGUAGAUGAGAUGGUGAAGCAAGGGUUGGACCCUAAUGCAACUACCUAUAAUGUGUUCUUAAGAUCAUUUCAUCUGGCAAAUGAUUUGAAACGUGCAUGGAGUUUAUACCAGAAGAUGAAGGAGAACGGGUGCUUGCCAAACACGCAAUCCUGUAUGUUCUUGAUCAGAUUGACUAUGAGACAUGAGAAUGCAGAGAUGGCUCUCGAGUUGUGGAAUGACAUGGUUGAGAAAGGGUUUGGCUCGUAUACAUUGGUAUCUGAUGUUCUAUUUGAUUUGCUUUGUGAUUUGGGAAUGCUAGAAGAGGCAGAGACGUGUUUCUUGCAAAUGGUGGAGAUGGGACAUAAACCUAGCAAUGUUUCUUUUAAGAGGAUCAAGGUUCUUAUGAAAUUGGCCGAUAAGGGUGAAGCGAUUCAAAACUUGUCAGAUAAGAUGGCUGCUUUUAGUUCUGCAGCUAGGCACAGCCUUGAGAGUCAGACAUCAAAUUUUGAAUCCAACUUCAUGCCCUUCUAAGGAGAAUUGUGUGGCCCUAGCUACCUUUGGUGAGCCCUCUGGAGGAUGAUUCAGAAUUUGGAUGAGCCUUUGGAACAAUUGUCUUCCAACAAUCCUUUGCCUCCCCCAAAUAUCAUUGUUCAACUGUAAGUUUUUGACUACUCGAAUUCGAAUAACUCUGUUCAAUCGUA